AUGUUCAAUGCCUUGAAUGGUAUGGGUGGUGCUGGUCAAGCUGAUCCCAAGACAACAAAUGAUGCCAAUACUGCUCUUGCGGUCACUUUCACUCUCUGUUCUUUAAUUGGUGCUCCUGUAUUCAACAUUUUCGGUCAUCGUAUUCUUAUCCCUGCUGCUCUCACCUACGUUCUUUACGUUGGUUCUUACCUUACACCUAAUGCACCAUUCACCAUUGCUACCGGUGCCAUUCUUGGUAUUGGUGCCGGUUUCUUGUGGACUGCCCAAGCUGGUAUCAUGAUGUCUUAUCCCGAUGAAAAAGAUAAGGGUAAAGCCUUCUCUAUCUUCUGGAUGGUUUUCAACUUGGGUGCUACUGUCGGUGCUGCUAUUCCUCUUGGUAACAACUGGAGCAAUACUGGUGCCAACACUGUCAAGAUCGGUACUUACAUUGGUUUCAUGUGUAUCAUGGCUUUCGGUGCCUUCUUGUCACUUGUUCUCUUGCCUCCUUCGAAGGUCAUUCGUGCCAAUGGUUCUCCUGUCUCUCUUCACAAGUUCUCCAACUGGAAGCGUGAAAUUUACGAAAUCCUGCGUAUGUUUGGUGACUGGAAGAUGCUUUGUUUGAUUCCUCUUUUCUUUGGAUCCAACUGGUUCUACACAUACCAAUUUAACGUCUACAAUGGUGGUGGUUUCUUCACUCUCCGUGCUCGUUCUUUAAACAACUUGUUGUACUGGCUUUGUCAAAUUUUCGGUGCUGGUAUCUUUGGUUGGCUUCUCGAUUGGAGCACCCUCGGUAACCGUAAGACUCGUGCUUUUAUCGGUAACACCAUUGUUCUUGUCGCUCUUGUUGCUGCUUGGGUCGGCUGUAUCUUUGUUCAACAAAAGUUCACUUAUGAAAGCGUAAAGGAAGCUGAUUUCGUUGAAGUUGAUAUCUUCUCUAAUGGCUAUGCUGGUUACAUUAUUCUCUACGCUAUCUUUGGUUUUGUUGAUGCCAUCUACCAAGGUUUCAUUUACUGGUUGCUUGGUACAAUGACCAACGAUACCGAACGUGCUGCUCGUUAUGGUGGUUUCUACAAGACAGUUCAAAAUGCUGCUGCUGCCAUUGCUGCUCAAGUCGAUGCUAUCCACGCUCCUUUCAUGACUCAACUUUAUAUUAACCUUGCCAUUGAAGGUGUUGGUUUGCUUUUGGCUUAUGUUGUCUGUUUCCGUGUCUCCGAUGUCACUGUGGAAUGCAUUGAUAACUUGAUGGACGGCCAUGCCAAUGAAGUUAUGGUUGGUGGUCAAAUCGAAUCCAUUGAAAACAGUAGCCACAUGAAGCUUGAACAUGACCAAGAAAAGGCUGAUUAUGAACUCUCCACUACUUCUUCUACUCAUUAA